AUGGCUUCUUCCACAGAACGUUCAUUGGUUCCUAUUGAUAUAAUAGAAGAAAUAUUUUGUAAAAUUCCAAUAGAAUAUUUGACACAAUUAAAAUUGACGUGCAAACAAUGGCACGCUCUCUUGCAAGACAAGAGAUUUAUCAGCAAAUACUUGGAUCUUGUCCAAGAAAGAUUCAUAAGACUCGAUCAUAUGGUUCAAAUCAUCGAUCCGGUCAGUGGAGCUCGCUCAUCUUCACCAAUCCCGGAGGAGUUUGAAGAUAUAUCUGAGAUUUCGACUAUGGUCCAUUGCGAUGGAUUGUUGUUAUGUAGGUGCAAUAACACACUAUCAAGAAACUGCAAACUCGCGGUUUGGAACCCGUUCUUGAAGCGUAUCAAAUGGAUCAAACCGAUGGACUUUUACGCAAGUAGUGAUUUUUACGGUUUUGGAUACGACAAUGUAUCUCGCGAUGAAUACAAAAUUCUACGGAUUUUCGACGGGGAGCUUGACGACGAGAGUCAUGAGGUUAUUAGAUUUUCUAAACCAGAGAUUCAGAUCUUUGAUUUCAAAUCUGAUUCAUGGAGAGUUAUCGAUGAUACUAGUUUCGAUUGGUCUAUAGAUCCGCCUUGCAAUGGUGUGUCUGCCAAAGGAAAUAUGUAUUGGGUUGCACAUUGGAACAAGAAACCCGAAUUAUUCAUCCAAAGUUUUGAUUUUUCGACGGAAACAUUCAAACUUGUAAGCGAUCUUCCAUUCAAAUGCGGUGUAUUAGAUACAGUUGCGUUAUUGAGUUUCAGAGGAGAUAAACUUUCUUUGUUACAUCGAUGUGAAGAAAUAAUGAAGAUUGAAGUUUGGGUGACAAACAAAUUAAGCCAUGAGGUUGUGUCGUGGACCAAGUACUUAAACGUGACUAGUCCCGAUCUCCCGACUUUACAUACCGAUCAAGAUCUCGUUCAUCGUUACUUCAUUGACAAGAACGAUAGCAUCAUGGUAUGUUGCGAGGAAGGAACUGAAGAUGAAACAAACGAUGGUGUCAGCGUCAGCAUUUACGAGAUUAGUAAAGAUGGGACUGUUAGGAAACAAGUUGAGACAGGACGAUGUGGUUGGCGUAGCAGUGAUAGGCUUUUCAUCUGCGGCUAUGUCUACGUUCCAAGUCUUGUUCCGGUUCCAGAAUAA